AUGUAUGAUUGAGUACGUACCUAUGUAGUUGCAAGACUUGACCUGUUCUACUACCUCUUUACCACAGUGACGGCUUGCCACCUAAGCCCUGUUGCCGGAAUCUGACGCCUAAUGGCUAAUGAGCUUCUUCGAUUUUUACCUACUAUUCAGAGUCUUACAGAGGAUGCUGCUCGUGAGAAUGAAUGAGAGAGGAAAAGCACAUAAUGAAUGCUGAGCCACAUCACCGCCUCCGGGCCUCCCCUGCCGGAACUGCCGAUGCUGCAGGACUGGUCAGAACUUACAAGACCUGGAAAGGCAGCAAUAGAUUUCUACUUGGUGGAAGGCUUAUAUUUGGACCCGAUGUGAGAUCUCUUCCGUUAACGGUAUUCCUCAUUGUUGUCCCUGUUGCAGUUUUCUGUGGCCUUGUAGCAAGAAAACUCAUUGAUCACUUGGGAAUUUCAGUAAUUGUUGCUGUUUCUGUAUUGACACUACUUGCUUUGGUUCUUCUUCUACUAACCUCAGGAAGAGAUCCUGGUAUAGUACCUCGUAAUGUUCACCCUCCAGAGUCAGAAGAUUAUGAUGCGAGCAUAGAGGGUGGGUCUAAUGAAACACAACAGUCGCGUUUUCCACGAAUGAAGGAAGUAGUUAUCAAUGGUAUAACUGUGAAGAUCAAGUACUGUGACACCUGCAUGCUUUACAGACCUCCUCGUUGUUCUCACUGCUCCAUAUGCAAUAACUGUGUGCAGCGAUUUGACCAUCACUGCCCUUGGGUUGGCCAGUGCAUUGGAUUGCGAAACUACAGGUUCUUCUUCAUGUUUGUCUUCUCUGCAACUCUUCUUUGUGUAUAUGUACAAGGGUUUUGCUGGGUCUACGUCGUGAGGAUCAUGCAGAGUGAGGAUAUAUCGAUUUGGAAAGCACUAAUUAAGACUCCUGCCUCCAUUGCGCUCAUAAUUUACAGUUUCAUUGCCUUCUGGUUUGUUGGUGGCCUUACUAUGUUCCACUCAUAUCUCAUCAGUACAAACCAGUCUACUUAUGAAAAUUUUAGAUACCGGUAUGAUGGACGAGACAACCCAUUCAACAGAGGGACAAUUGAGAACUUCAUGGAGAUAUUCUGCACUAAAAUUCCUCCAUCCAAGAACAAUUUCAGGGAAAAAGUUCCAAAAGAUCCUCCAGUUCUUCCUACACCAAUUGGCGCCAAUUUUGUUAAUCCUGUCAUGGGGAAAGCCAUGAGUGACAUAGAGAUGGGGAGGAAACCAUUAUGGAAUGAGGCUUCAGGAGAGUUGGGUGAUUAUAGCAAUGAUGAUGGAGUAAACAAGGACCCUCGAUCGAGUGAGGCUGAUGCGUCCCAGGAUUUAAGUGGGACCCUUCCAACAGAGAGCACAGAGAGACAUGUUGCCUCACAUCCUAGGCGUUCUAGCUGGGGAAGGAGGAGUGGAAGUUUAGAUAUAUCACCUGAAGUUCUUGCUAUGGCAGCGGGAGUUGGGGACUCAAGACGGGUAACUGAUGGGAUCAGUGGCAACUUUACUACACAGACUGAACAAUCUCAGAUAAGUUCAUAAAUACUUGAUAAACGUGAAGGCUGUCGAUCUUUAAUGUCGUUAAGCUGUGCCAUAUUGCUUGUAAUAUAAGUGUGUAAUUCGAAAGAACGACUCUCAGGCAGUUGAUUGUUUCCAAUGUGUGCCAUCUUGAUUUAUGAGUUUAUCGUCCUUUUUCUUUUUUCCGCAUCUGUAAUUUAACCACCUCAUUUUGAUGGUAUA